GGAAGGAAGGCAGACACAGCAAGCAGGCAGGAUAUGCUCUCAGCCUCCUCCUCUUCCUCCAGGCAAGAGAAGGGCCUUGCAGUGAAGUGGAGGCUGCAUCCCCUGCCCUCCUUAGGGAUGGAGGGAGGCAGGACAUAGCUGGCGCCAUGGGAAGUAAACUGAGUAUGGCAUGCAUGUUGCUUCUAGCAUUAAAAGUUUCUGGCCUGAAAAAAGUUGAUCCAGAUGACUCCAUAGUUCUGCAGUGCUACCAGUCCAUACCCAGCAAUGUUAUGAACUGCAGCUGGUUUACUCACGAUCCUGCACAUGCUGAUGCUAUUCAUGUUCUCCACUACCAGAGCCUAAAAUUCCACCCUGGACAAACUCACUCAUUGCAGUCUCAGAAUAAACAGAAUUGGUUGAUUGUUGAACGACGUACGCUGACGCAGGGGGAUGACUACAGCGUUUGGAUAGAAGUUUGGAGUGCCGCUGGGAAUAUAACCUCCAAAAAGCUGAACUUCAGCCUAGAUGAUAUAGUGAAGCCCCCUCCUCCUAUCCUGGACCCUGUGGAGCUAGAUGCUUCUGGGGCUCUGGUGACCUGGAAGAACCCUCUGUGGUCUGCCUCUGUUGGUCAUCAUCCUCUCAGCUGUGCUCUUCGAUACAAAGCAUCCACAGACCAUGAUUGGACCUAUUUGCAUGAGGAAGAUGUAGGCCAGGAGGGCCAUGAGUUUGAGGACCUGAAACCAUUCACUUCCUAUGAGGUGGAGGCUCGGUGCAUUCCAGAAAACGGUUUUUGGAGUGAAUGGAGUUCUCCUCAAACCUUCAAAACCCUUGAGGCUGCUCCAUUAGGUCAGGUAGAUGUCUGGCGGGAAGUUGGUGUUUCUGAAAAUGGGAACCAAAACUUUCUUCUGCUAUGGAAGGCACUGGACCCAGAAGUAGCCCAGGGCAACAUCCUCGACUAUGAAAUCACCUACCAGGAUCAUAGCAAAAACAUCUACAAGAUGAUAUGCCAUUGCUGCAAUGCAACCCUCCCUCAUACGGCUGUGUAUGCUUGGGUGACAGCACGCAAUUCCAUUAAGAAGACACUGCCAGCCAAUCUCAGCUUGGAGCAAACAGAGCGCCCUGGCCCUGAGGAAACCCAAGUGGUGGCAGUACCAGAUCUGGGUCUCAAUGUGACGUGGAAGCCCAGCACGAGCCCCCAGUGGGUUCAGCCUGAGGAGUAUGUUGUGGAGUGGAGAGAAGAGCUCCUCAGAAGCAAGGGAAGGCCACUGAACUGGAUCCGCAGGCCAGGUAGCAGCAACAGUGCACAGCUGAGAGGUGACUUUAGACCAAAAAUACCUUACCGCGUGAGUGUUUAUGCUUUGUAUGCUGAUGGGAGCAGCACCUCGGUCGCUGUGCAAGCCUACUUCAAGGAAGAAGCACCAUCGGCCAGUCCCCAGGCACUACAGGACAGAAGCAUUUCUUCUACAGCCUCUCACAUCUCUUGGAAGGAAAUUCCUUUGGAAAGUCGCAAUGGACACAUCACCCACUACACCCUUUACCUAAAUCAUUCCUCUUCCGGGAACGUCAGUCGCAUUCCCAUAGGUGCUACCAAGAGCAGCUACAAACUCUCAAAUCUUACCCCUGGGACAAGCUACCAGCUCUGGAUGACAGGGUCUAACUCUGCUGGGGAAGGAGUGGCCAGCCAUCGGCAUCACUUCAGCACUCCAGCAGUUUCCCAUUGGCAGAUCAUUGUGGUCAUCACCUUAGUAGUGGUAGUCCUGCUUAUCCUGGCUGCUGUUUUGAUAUAUGUUAGGCACAGAUGGGUCCUUGGCUUCUGCCAUAAGAUCCUGCCCCCGUGGUGCUGGGAGAGGGUUCCAGAUCCAGGGCACAGCAUGGUAGCCUCAAAGAUCAAUGAACAGAAUGCUGCACAUGGCAUGGACACCCUGUGCCAGUACUUGGACCAGUCUCCGAAGGGUCUGGACAUCAUUGAGAUAGAGGAGCCAGCUCCACAACUGCUGCCACCUCCGUCCCCUGCCCCCGUGGUGAAUUCUGGCUAUGAGAAACAUUUCAUGCCUACCUUGGAAGAAAUGCAGAAACUGUCUUGAGAAGGGAAGAAAGUUAUGCUUCACCCUCUGGGGACUAAUGAGAGAAUCUAUUUCACCUAUAUUAAGGUGCUUGUCCUAGUCCAUCUGCAAAUCAGGUCGACCAAUUGAGGAUUAUUCAUUUGCCUCUCAAAGCUAGGGGUGGGGCACAUUUCACUGGAUCCAUCAGUAGCUCUUUUGCACCUCCUGAUAUUUGUUGGAAGAAGAAAUGCACCAUGCCUCAAGAAUCCACGCAUUUGCAAAGCUGACAGGGUGCUCUGGAGAAAAAAGGUGCACACAGAACAGUGUACACAUUUUAAAAUGUGAACAGCUAAAAUGGUGCAAACACACUUCAGUCAUUGGGGGGAGUGUGUACCUUAAAUCACAUGGACAGGUAAAUGCAUGUGACAGCAAUUGUGUUAAAAAUGACAUAUUUCAUUGUGGGAAGGAAAAUCAAAAGUCUCACAAUCUAAUAUCCACAAUGGGAGCUCUCAUUGCAGUCCCUAGGUACUGCAGUCCCUAGGUACUCCUCCAAGAUGACACUUGUGACCUCAAACCACCACAAAAGCAGUAAACUGGGCAUAUCUCUGGGAUGCUUCACUUCACUCUGGAGUUUCUUCAGGAAUGUGGUUCUCUUCCUGAGCCUGUAGUGGACUCUAUCUGGACUCAGAUGUCCUUCUUAGUCCUGAUUACACCUGUUUAACUCCUUUGAGUUGUCACCUCGACACUGAAGCUAUUGUGGAAGCAUUGGUUCUUACUGCAUUUGCAGUUAUAUUAAACCUGUUUUGUAUUGCCUGUACUGACAGAAGCAGAAAUAGCUGCUGGUGCUGCUAGAAACAGCGCCUAUACAGGUAUGGCCCAAAGCUAUUGGGGAAGAAGUGAAGAAACCUUUCUCUCUGGGUUCUUUUAACAGGGGCUGUUUUAAAAAGUAUGUUUUUUUUUACUUCAGGUCUGAUUCACUUGGCCAGGAAUUUUGUCUUUAUUUAUUCAAUAUUUUGUUACGGUUUUUAUAAUAAGUGGUACCUCUUCUUUUUCAUUUUGUGUAUUAUUAGUAAGCUGCUUUUUUCUUGGAGGGUGUCUACAUGUUUGGGGGGGGACAUACUUGCCUUGAAUCAUUCCAGACAACACAUGCCCAGUUCUGCAACAAAAUGACUUCUUUUUGCCUUUAAUCUCAUUUAAGAAGACCUAUAUGUUGCCCUGGAGCUUGUGACCUCUGUGUUUUUCAAGAGUGUACAGCUGAAUCGGGUUGUCCAUACAUCACAAAUAUGCACAGGACCAUAUUGGUGCUGGCAGGUGGAGCCAUUUUUUGUCCUUCUCACUGAUCAGUGCUGGAAAGGUUCCUUGGCUUGUCAGCCAAGCAGCUCCCUGGCAGAGUCUUGCUGGUAAUGUUGCUUCUGGUGUGGCCAGAAUGGGGACCCCCUUCCUUGUUGACUGGUGAAGCAAUUGUGGCAGCCCUGAGGAAGACAGGACACCAGUGCCAAUGUGCUGCCAGCCCAGCUGACCAUCUGGACUGGGGUGAUCACAUAGUGAAUCUGGGGCAUCUCUGGAGCAGGAUACACCAGACUGCACCUGUAUUAUUUUGGCUGCUGUAGAGGUGCCCUUGGAAAGUAGUAUAUGAAGAGGCCUUAAUUUUGGCCCAGAGUCCACUUCCUAUUUGGGGAUGGUCUCUGGUUCAUUGCAUUAACAGGUUUGCUUAGGAGUAUGACCACCAAACCUUUCCAGCCACGAGGCUCCUAUUUCAGGAGCUUCGUGGCCUGUAAAGAGAAGCUCAGUUUUGUGCAACAGCUUUCCAGAUUUAAAUAUUUUCUUAUUGCUAAUCAAAAAUUAUGUCAGAAGCAGCUUGUAGCUCCAGAGAGAGCCCCCAUAGGACCCAUCUGGGCCAAAAUUUCCCUAUCCUUGGUUGAUGUGAUACUGCUGAAAUUGGUGUGUGUGUGUGUGUGCAUACAGAAGGACAUUUGGUGAUGUUGGUCCUGUCUGGAAUGCACAGGACAAGUAUUCUGGCCACAUAGCUGACUCAAGCCCCUUGCAAGGGCCUAUCAUUCUGACACUGGGUGGCUGAUAGCACAGGCAUCACGCUGAGCCACCUGGUACAUCCGCUGCAGGUCACUUUGCUGUGAGGUCUGAGCAAGGCACCAAGCUUUGACAUGGCUGGGCGCCUUGUUCUGACCUCAGAGCGGGCAACUGGUGGCACCAUUGGCUACUCUGCAUGGCAGAGCAGGACACAGUUCAAACAGCCACCCAGCUUCAAGCCGGGUUUUUCAAUACUUGGGGUUUUCCAAGAAGAUCUAGAACAACUGCAGAGGUAUUUUAAUUCAUUUUAAGAGGGUAUACCCUGGUUCUGGUGCUGAAUGGGCUGGGUGUUGUCCAGUUUGUAUGCACCAAAACUUUGGGCCAUCUGUCGUCCAGUCUCUCUGUUGAGAGAAGGCAGGGAGGGGGUUGUUUCACUUGUCCUGUACAGCCAGAACAUUGUUUUGGCUCUUCCUACAUUUUUGUGACAUGCAGAGUUUUUUGUCAGUGUAAAGUUGCUUUCCAUGUGCUUCCAUGUACUGCAGCCAGGUUGAAAAAACACCUACCUGGGAGAUAUUCUUUAGAUGGAUUGUUGUGGCUGGCAAAGGACGAGAGAAGAAAAUGAAGCACGGAAAGAUCUUCUGCUUGGCUUAGAAACACAGGGAAGACUGCAGUUUAGAAAAGCUGAAAAGAAAAAAAAUCACUAGAAAAGAUUGUCUACACUGAGAUAAGCAAACAUACAUACUUUUCUGAAAAAACACAUCCGUUUGCCUCUUUAUAGGCUUUGCUACAAGAAUAAUUGGGACUUCUGAACUAAAUAAAGUGUAGUGUGGCAGCAAUCUCAAUUUCCCCACUAGGAGUCAGGAAAGUUCCAGAUGUUUGAGACCUUUUUGGCAUUAAUGUCAUAACAAAGUUUUCCUUGUUUCGGCUGUAAAAUAAAAGCGUUCUCUCUCUCUCAUCUGUUCCAUACCCUUCAACAUUUCACAGAUUAAAACCAGGACACGUGGGGCUAAGCGAUACCAGAGUUUAGUCAAGAUGACAGAAGUUAUUAACGAGGAAGGACACACAAGCUACGAAAGGUUACAGCAGUUUGCUUUGCAUGAACCUCCUGGAAGAGUAAGACUGCUCAUUUUUCUCCUGUUCACUUAAUUGUGUACAAUCAACUUUUGUACUUCAGUUUGCAGCAAAUGAAGUGAAGUGCAGAUAAAAUGGGAAAGGAGGAGGAGAGAGAAGCUGGGAUAUUCUGAAAGCAGCUGAAAGCUUAUCUCCAGUUAGGAGAGGUUUUCUCACCUUCAUUGUCAAAUGCUCCCUGUUUAUCUAUUAUAUUAAUACAGAAAAACAUCAAAUACAACCACCAUCUUCACUUUUAAACUUAUGGUCGGAUGUUUUGAUGUAAGUGCCUUACGUUUCAGCAGUGGACUCUCUUGAAUCCAAACAAUAAAUAGACAAGAAUGCAUAAAGUGUACUCAAAACUAUUGUAUAUAACUUAAAGCCUAUAGAAAAAUAAUAUCCUGACUGUUACAGCAUUAUAUAUUAGUAUUUCUUUGACUACGUUGUUUAUAUGCUUGUAUUAUGUUUUCAAAAUAAAAAUUAAAAAACAUUUCUAA